AUGUUGUUUUUGGCCCUCUUCGCCAUAUUUAUGUGGCUUCUGUACACACGGCGUUGCCCAGUCAUAGUUGCACGAGUGUGGUUCUCUUUGUGCCUUACGCUGCUCGUCGUGAUGAACUUUGUUCUCUGUGUUUCUCUCCGUGUUGCCGCCAGCAAAAAAAUUAUCAAAACGCGUAGCAGUGAGAAAUUAUCAUGCAUCUUUACUGGACUCCUGCUCGGCAAGGUUCUGUGGUGGUUGUCCCCGCACAUUCGCGUGCGGUUUCUUGAGGGGUCAUUAGACUGGCGUGCCAUCGAGUGCAGGGGUGCGGUGGGCGCGGGUCACACAUCCUUCUUUGAUACCCUUCUUUUUCUCUGGCUUUGUCCGCUUGGUUUUCUCGCUAACUGCAAGGCAUUUGCGAAGAAGGCUUUGUGGAAGCUGCCACUGAUGGGGGAAAUCAUUCGUGCAUGUGGGCACUUCCCAGUGUACUUUAACUCACAGGACGCAAGUUCCUUUUCGGUGGACAAGGAAAAGCAGGCACUGAUCAUGGAGAAGGUGGAGGAGUUUAUGGAUGGAGGCGGUGUAAUCUGCUUCUUCCCCGAGGGUGUUCUCAAUUCCACACCAAGCACGCUCAAGGAUUUCCGCAUAGGCACCUUCAAUAUGCUCAUCAAGCACCACAUGCCGAUUCACUAUAUGGUCUACUCUGGCUCUCACGAGGUGUGGAACCCGGUGAUGAAGGGACUUCCAGGCUUUCCUGCCGACGUGCAUUUCUUCAUUGGGAAGUAUGAAUACGCCAAGGAUGCGAGCGGCGCAGAAGUGGCAAAAGGCUUGAGAGAAGUAAUGCAAAAACACUUAGACAGGAUGCUGGCGAAGAGGAAGAGUGAGCAAUAUGUGGCACCAAUUCGCAGAUAUCUUGUAGGGCAAUAA